AUCAACUUAACGUGCUGUCUAAUCUUUAUCGAAGUUCCUUUCUAGAAUUUCCUCUGUUAUGGCAUUACGCAAGCUUCUUGGGAUGGGGUUGUUGCUUCUAGUGUGCCUCUCUAAGGUUUCAUCUGAUCAUGAGAUAGAAAAGGAUGAAGACGAAGAACUACACUUAUCUGAUAAGCCGCUUAUUGUGCGAGACGGGAACAGAAGGCUGAUGCAAGAUAUAGAUUGUGGAGGAUUGUGCAUUUCGAGGUGCAGUUUGCAUUCAAGGCCCAACUUGUGCAAAAGGGCCUGUGGGACUUGUUGUGUGAGGUGUAAAUGCGUUCCACCUGGCACCUCUGGCAAUAGGGAGAUUUGUGGGGCUUGUUACACUGAUAUGACCACCCAUGGCAACAAGACCAAGUGUCCUUAAUUAGACAGCUUUUUAAAGCCCAGAUGUCAUGGGCCCAAUUGGUUUGGGCUCCUUUACUUUCCAGUCCUACUUUGUUCCAACUAGUGUAGUUCAGUAAAUGGUGUGUGUUUGGAUAAGAAAAAAACGAGGUAUUUAUGUUGUUGUUGUUGUUGGCUGUUGCUAUAGUAGUAGUAGUAUGUACGUACACCUUUGUAUUCCUAGGCUUUUGACAUAGGUGUGUUCUUGUUAUUUUAUUUUUUUAUUGUCUAUUACGGUAGAUAGAUAUGAAAUGAAAUGAAUGCAUAAACUUGUUUGUGU